AUGGACUCUAUGGAUUCUCCACUGCAAUCGCCAGCCCAGCUCAAGGUCACCUGGGAGGUGACAAACUCGGAAUCUCUAGAUAUAGACAACACCUCUGUCUGCAAAACAGUCGAACUUAACAUAUACCCUAGUAACAUUAGAGAAAACAAGAAGAAGACUAUUGUCGCUGAGGUGCUAUUCCUCAGCGUCUCCGCAUUCGUCGCACUGUAUAUCAACACGUAUCUCAACGAUCUGGAGCCUUUGCAUAAACCGCUAAAGGACCUUACCCCAGAUGAAAACCCACUACUCUCUUUCAAGUACAUUUUGGCAAGCUCGUUCUUUGUUAUGAAUCGUUAUCUAUUUGGUUUUUCAAUGAUGUUUAUUCUGGCUUAUUACGUCAUUGUAAGGUUUAUUCUUAAAUUGCCAAAGGCUUUCCACGACUCACUUAUGUUCCUCUUCUCUCUAUCGUUUGUGAACUAUUUCAUAAGUGCAUCAACUGCAGUCUUCAUCAGUGUUCACGCGAUAACAAAAACCACAAUGUCAGAACCACAGUUCUAA